GGCCAGGUAGCAGAAAGCCAGUAGAAGAUAGGCUGGGUUGCUUCUCUUUUGACUGUGAGGUUUAGUACAACUGUCAUAAAGCUUUAUUAUACGCUGUCAUGGUGUGUUUAAAGAAUGUGUGGUUUCUGCAUUUAUAAUUAAAUGACAGCUAUUGUCUGUUGAGGAUGUACGGAGCAACAGGUGGACCAUGGCUCUCUUCGGAUGAGUUUGUGAAGGUUGAAAAAAACGAAAUUAAUGCUACAGAAACAGAUGACCCAGGGAAAGGCAAAGAUGCUCAAAAACAAUUUUGCAUACGUGAGUAUGUGUAUAAUGACUAUUCUGGCAAUUAAGUCUUUUUUGACACAGGAAAGCAGGCAAUACUGGUCAUUAUAAUUUAUUCUCAAUUGCUUUUAUAACUGUAAGUGUGGUAGGGCUAACAGUGUGCUCCAAGUAUGUCUGGGCCCCUCUCCACGACUUAUCAUCUCCUCGUGAUGUCCAACAAUGUGAAGGAAACGUGCCAAUUCUUGCUGAGUAUGACUCAUUCUUUGUGAAGGAAUUCAAUGUCAAUCAACUAGUUAAAAGUGAUCUCUACGAUUCUCUUCACACAGUGUUUGUCUUCCUCUCAAAUACUGCUUGCAGUAACCUGCCAAUUGUUGUAACAACCGAAAGAUACAAUGAGACUUCUCAGCCCCCUUAUGGUCCCGUGUACAUGCUGGAAAAUUCUAUCAUCUCACUCAACGUCUGUGCUAGUACAGAAAGCCCUGAUAAUGAUCCUCUUAUUCUCUACAUACUUAAGACUGUCGAGAAAUUUCUUAAUUUCGACCCGAAACAUCCAUCUAAAGAGUACUAUCGAAAGCAUAUUCUAGUGGGGAACAAUGGCUUUACAAACUGUACUAACAUAUCUCUGGUGCUCUCGCAAAGUGACUACUACACAAUAAACUUCUUGCUACCAAAGGGUAUCACUCUCAUGUACAAUAUUACUGAGAACAUCAAACAGAUAGACGUUGAUGCUGUCAAUACCACACUUUUAGGAACCUUUAAGUCCAGUAAUAGUGACCAAACGAUUAGGGAUAGAGUUAAACUCGGAACUGGACAACACUGUCUGUUUGUUGAUAUCCGAACUAGCAGUAAUGCCACAUCUCGACACUACACCACUCUAGAAAUACAGGCAAAGCCUCGUGUUGACGCUGGUGUUGGAAUUACCACAAGUGCACUACUUGUAUUUUUUGUUGUGGUCUUGUUGUGCGAAGUAUUGGUUUACGUUUCUGUUAGAAAAUUAGUGUCUUACUGUAAACAGCGGGGAUAUAAACCACUGACAAGUAUUAAUGAGGAUUGAUCUCUUUUUUUGUGGUAACCUUGUGCUAAUAUAAAACAUGCUUAUUAUUUUUGUACAAAAAUAUGUUAUCAGGAAUGUGGA